CACUCUCUUUCUCUCUCUCUCUCUCUCUCUCACACGCUGGCGCACAAUUCCCAUCAAACUCGCUUUGUCUGAAACAAAUAUGGACGAGAAAAGAAGAAAGCAGAAGAGGGGUCUGAUUUUCAAGACGUGGGAGCGAUGCAAGACCCUCGGCCGAGCCGGCAAGGGCUCCUCCAAGCCGAGGCCGACGCACGGCCCGAGCCUCGCCAAGAAGAGCAAGUCUUGGAACGGGUCACGGCCCAGCUCGUUCAGGGAGGACGACACGCCGCCGGUGCCACGCCGCCACAGCAGCGUCAAGCCGCAUGGCCCCAUCCCCGGUGGCUGCUUCUCGGUCUACGUGGGCCCUGAGAAGCAGAGGUUUGCGGUGAGGACGGAAUGCGCCAACCACCCCUUGUUCCAGAUGCUGCUCGAGGAAGCCGAGUCCGAGUUCGGGUACAACAGCGGGGGGCCCAUCGAGCUCCCGUGCAAUGUCGACCUUUUCUACCGGGUGUUGACCGAGAUGGACUGCGAAGGGGAUGGGGACGGCGACGGCGGAGGUAGGCGGCUCGGGUGCGGUUACGGGGUUGCGGCAUACCAUCUCCUGAGCCCGGCUCGGAUGAUUGCCGUCGGCCAUCAUUACUAGUUUCAACUAUGGCUUUAAGCGUUGAUUAUGACAAGGUCAUUAUUAUUUGGUCAUGUAUG